AUUUCAUAUUGAGAGCCAGGGAGAAAGAUCACAACAUCACCCAUUCAAUGAUGCCCUGGGAGAACGCGGAUAAAGUAGGACCAUUACCUAGCUGGAUUGAUGUGAAGGGUGGGGAGUACAAAAACCUACCUAGGUUCCUCCAAUUCCGAGAUGCUUGGCUGGAUGCCUUCGAAGGAUCGAAAGACGCAGGUUAUAAGCUGGUAUGUCCUGUUAUCCUCAACAAAGUGUGUAAUUGCUGUUGCGGUGGGACUCCUCAACGCAACUUCAUAUCAUUCACCGACUAUGCAGACUCCUUCACUGGGAUGGGUGAAUCUGUAGGAUGGAAUAAAAAAGACAUUCAGGACGGUCUGAAGGUGGGCCAAAUUUUCCAUCACGACGCAGAGUUUGCCCGUCAAAUCAUUCAGGGUCCCAACUCGACGAGGUUAAGGAGAGUGGAAAAGCUUUCCGACACAUGGCAGGAGGCAAUUGACAAAGACAUGCUCCCAACAUAUGCAAUUGAUGGAGAAGAUCUUAAUAAUGUCAUCAAAGAUGGACGACUUUUUGAAAUAUUGAAUUCAGAAAUACUGAAUGAUGUCGGCCAUGGCGGCAAGAAGAGCAAAUUCAUAACUGGUACAACACAAACAUGGUACGUAGUUCAGGCGGACUGUCUACUUUUCCAGAGUAACACGCGUCCUGAGGACAAAUCUUUUGUCCCCGUCUUGAUACGUUUAGAAAAUAAGAAUGAUGGGGAGAAACAAACCUGGUGGCACCCAGCCGAGAACGAUACCAGCAUGACUGCAGAUCCGAAAUACUUGUCUUGGCUUUUAGCCAAAAUGUAUUUCAGAUGUGCUGAUUGGGGAAUCUACAGCAUUGGAACUCACUACGCAAGAGCACAUGCCAUGAAUGAGGUGUUUGCCUCGUCCAUGUAUCGCAAUCUACCAAGUGCUCAUCCCUUGCUUAGACUUCUACAGCCCCAUUUCCAAGGAAUCAUCGGAAUCAAUAUGCAAGCAAGGAAAGUUCUAAUCAGUCCAACAGGUAAUGCCUUUGCUAAUUUUAUGUCUUCCGGUGAUGAUCUGCCUAAACUACUGGAAAACUGCUGCAAAGAGCUGGAUUACGAACACUUAGUCAUUCCUAAAGACUUUGAAAGCAGAGGACUUAAAGAUCUGCCAAACUUCCUUUUCAGGGAUGAUUCAGAGGAUUUGUGGAUGAUCCUACUAGACUACGUUAAAAACAUGGUGGAUCUGUCCUAUCUGAGCGAAGAUGACGUCUCUAAAGAUACCGAAUUGCAGACGUUUGUGGAAGAGAUCAGAAGUCCUGGCUUUGAAGGGUUCGGUGGAGCAGGUUUCCCAGAAUCUAUCGAAACUAAAGAGAAGUUGGUUGAAUACCUUACUGCGCUCAUUUUCAAUGUGUCUUGUUUCCACACAGGUGUAAACUUCCAGAUCAACAAAUACCUGGGCUACAUUGUUAACGCACCACCAAGUCUCAGACUGCCACCACCAAAACAGGACGAUGUGAUCACCAUGGAGCGUAUCAUGAACAGUCUCCCACAAUACGAAGUCGCUCUGGCAACCAUGGUCAUCACAGAGGUACUAGGUAACUUCUCUCCAAUCGAGCGAUUUUAUGUGGAGACAAAAGCAGAAAAUAGGCAAGGAUAUCUGGGAGAAAACUUGGCCGUUUCGCUGGAACAGGAGGGCCAUAUUAAGGAUAUGGUGAAGGAAAUGGAGAAGCUCAGGGACAAAAUAGCAGACAGAAAUAAAGGGAAGUAUUUAGCGUAUGAUGUGUUGAGCCCUAACAACAUUCCCAUCACCACCCAGACAUGAUCAACUGAGAAUGUAAAAUGCGGAUCGGUACAUUGUUUAGGACUAGGAGUAGCACAGUUGAAAUGUUUCUUAGGUAAAAAUGUGUAUUGUUUUUGUUUUUGUUUGUUUCUAUGUGUUGUCACUGCAUUUUAAUAUUGAGUUCUGAUUAUUUGUACAUGAUUUUCCCCAUUCGAAUUUUGAUUCCUUGUUUGGCGAGUUUUGAGA